CCGGAUGCUACCACCUGGUUUGGAUCUGCAGGUUGCAUUUCCGCAAAGAUAUCAUCGGCCAUCAUGCAACGCGGCUUCUUCGAGGAGCUGCGCAAGCUGCGGUCGCUGGACCUGAGCAACCACUGCGUGACAGUCCAGGCUGUCAAGAGCCAAGUGCGGGCGCUGCAGCACCAGACGCUACUCUGUCGGCCGCGGCGCGCCGACGCCAUCGAUGUCGGGCUCUUUUUGCGCCAGUUUGUGCCGCUCCUUCUCCGCCUCCUCGUCACGCGAAGGCAAGUGCAAACCGCGGUGCUGACGUGGGUCGUGAGCCUCAACCACAUCUUUGGCAAGCAGCCGUUGCGCGACGUCUCGACAGCCAUCGUUGCGGGCCUCCUCGCACAGCCGCAUCCGAUCCGCCGGUUGUUUUGCAUGAAGACGCUCAUCCACUCGACGCGCUUUGACUGCAGCGUCUUUGCGAUCGCGGUCGAGGCAACGGUGACAUCGCCCGAAACAAGCGCCGAUCUACGCGCCGAGUGCCAUAGCUACGUCGCACAGAUCCUCAAGCACUGGCCGCUCGAGGACAAAGCGCUUGCGCUCGAGAUGGACGACCAAGAUCGCCACGAGCUCGACACGGUACUGCUAACGCGCCUCCUUCGUGCACUGUCAUGCUAGCCAGUUUGCGUACAUCGCAGUCACCGAGAACAACAUGAGCCGUUUUAACUUAUCGAGAUCGCGGUUUUUGCAGCGUCGUAAUGACGUCCAAGAUCGUCGCCACGAACGCGUCCGAGUUGAAGAGGAG